GGCACCUGGCGCCGCCCGCCCUCACCAGCCGGAGCCCCCCGACUUCCGCGGCUCCUCCUCCAGACCCGGACCGCGGCAGCUUCGCCGUGCGGCUCAGUAAGAGGUCAGGAAUCUUCACUGCCAUGUCUGCGAAACUAUCUGAAACCCAAAAUAUUUGCAUUCAAAGGCCUUAUCAGAAGACUUUUAUGAAAUCAAAAUUUUGCCUAUGCAUUGAGAGUAUGCCAUCAGAGAUACUACUGAAGAUAUUUUCUUAUUUGGAUGCUGUAUCCCUGUUGUGUAUCGGUUGUGCGAAUAAACGCUUCUAUCAUCUGGCCAAUGACAAUGUGAUCUGGUUCAAAAUUUACUCCAUUUUUUUUCCACCUAAAAGAACAAAUUGGAAAACUAAAUCUGUUGAAAGAACAGCUGUCUUACUAAGCCAUGCUAUGAUUCAGGACAGAGAAUCGGGAUAUUGGAAGAACGAAUAUAUCAUGAAACAAAUAGCAACUGGCAAAACUAGAAUAAUUCAGCUUCUGAAACCUAUAAACCAUUACACUGGCCUUCCACUUAAAACCAAAGAAGCUAUCAAAACAUAUAGUUUGAGUUGGGUGAUUGUACUGAAGGACAGAAAUGGAAAGGAACAUGUAAUGGAGCAGGUGGACAUCUCUUAUAAUGACACAUCUAUUACUGUAUUUUGGUAUGGUACAAACUGGCCAUGUUUAGACACCUUGUCAACACUGGAAUUAUGUGGAGUGACACCAUUGCUUCUUGACCAAUGUAAAGUUCCCACCAAGAAUGGACCUCGGCGACGUUCCUUAAUUGCUGAGUUCAACCUUACUAACCUCACUAAAGUGACAACAAUGAUUGGCUCUGACAGCCUUGUGCAACUUUUCCGUUUGAACCCCGGACUCCUGGUGGGUCUCUGGAAGAAAGGAAAUGGAAUUGCUUUUGUUACGGCGAGUCUUCAUCAUCAUCAACUUAUUGAGAGAAGCACUUUGGGCUCUGCCACUAUACAAUAUAUCCUGCCCCCUCAUAAACCUAUACUGGAUGAUGUUGACCCAGAAUAUGGACUGCAUGGCUACCAACUACAUAUUGAUAUGCACAGCGGAGAACAAACUUACAUGUGUGGUACAUUUCGCAAUCUGUUCUGCAGAAAAGAUUACAUUCGAAAUGGAUACUUGAGGCUUACAGUUAUAAGUUUAAAAAAUAAUUCACAACAUUUACCUCUUGCUGGGAAAGUUGGCUUCUUCUGGAGAACUGAUGUGUUUGAAGGCAAUGUACAGAACUGUUACGUGAUGGAUGUGACCCUCUUGGAUGAAACCGAAAAACCCUUCUGGUGUUUCAGUGCCCCAGUCUACAUGAAACUUUCUUCCAAGGCAUCCUGCCUUUAUGACUAUAUGGGCCACAACUAUGACUUAAACUAUGUGGAUUCAGAGGGUAAAGUCCACGUUGAGCUGGUUUGGAUAGAAGAAACCAAGGAAUACUAUAUAGUCAAUCUGGUUCUUUAUCUAAGCACUGAAAAAGUUAACCGCUGGUUUGGAACAAAAUACUGAUUCUAAUAAUUUGAGCAGUUACUUUCCCUGCUGGUAUUUAGUUGAUUUUUUGGGAGGGGGCGGGUAUUAAGGUUGAAAUGAACCCCACAAUCCAGGUACUACGAGUUGUUUUGUGCUUUAUUUACUGAAAACUCUGAAGUGUAGUCACUUAUUUAUUUUUAUUAUUGUUUUCACUUUUGUUAUUGGGUAGAGAAGUUUAAACAUAAAAAGUAAUAGCUUUCCUGUGAAGCACCAUGAUGUGUGCUAGUCUCUGUUGCAAGUACUGGGCAUGAUAAGGGUAAAAAGAUCAGUGUCACUCAAUGCAAUCUUAUCUGGCAUAGUCAGAUAUGUAAUGCUGCUUCUGAAAUAGCUAUUGUAAAUAUGACUGUGUUCUCUCUCCAUAUUUGUAUGUUCUAUACUGUUUCUAAGAACUUAAAAACCACCUUGAAAAACUCAACUCCAUGAAGUCUGAAGUAACAAAACAGUGCCAGAGUGUUGUUGAGUGAGCCUCUAGAUAAUUGUCCUUUAGAUAAUGAUGAGAAACUAUUGCUAAAUGACCAAACUUAUGCAGAGGAGGUAUUUUUAAUCAUAAUUUAUCAUUUAAAAUUCACUGUGGUAGGGGCUUUAAGAAUUUAGGUUGAAAGGCACAGGGAUGACCAAUGUGGGGAAGAAGGCUUUUGCCAAGGGUAAGACUUCUAUAGACCCUUUUCUUAAAAGUUGACAGUUAAAGCUGCUGUUGGGUCAGAGGGAAAAAUGCAGUUGUUUUAAUUUGGUUGCAUGUAUUGUGGUCCAUGUCUGAAAACAUUGAAGCCUUUAGUUAGGAACUGAAAGUGAUAUGUUGGCCCCUAAAUAAGGGGUCUGAUUUUUUUUCCCCAGAGGAGCUGAGCGUCAUCAGCUCCUAUUGACAUAGUUAAGAUUCAGUUACUUAAGUAGAAAUGAUGGAUACCUAAAAUAUGACUUUUAGUAUCUAUCUGUAGGCACUUGUUUGAAAAUUGUGUUUUAUAUGUUUCAGGCUACUUGGUUGUACCUUUUGGAGUCCAAUCCUGUAUGCUUUACUUGAAAUCCGUUGGGAGUUUUGCCUUAGGGAGAUAUGUGGCACUGGCACAAUUGUGUCUUUUUAGUAAUGUGGAUAACGUUCAUGUGUAGUUUGUUACAAAUAGAUACAUUUUGUGUUGUUUCUAAGUGCUUCCUAUUACAGAUAAGGUUGUCCGACCAUAAUUACUUAUUUGUUGUCUUCUGUGACUUGUUUUUAAAUGUGGCAAAUUGUGAUUUGCUUUAAUAUGUGUUUAUUUGUCUCCUGUCUCUAUAUUAACUUGCAUAUAUGAGCCAAAUAUUUAAACAAUCGCUGAGUUUAAGUAUUUGUCCUUUGUACUACAGAUAUAGUGAUUCUUUUUGUUAAUUUAAUUUUUAAACUUGUUUACUGUUUUCUUUGAAUUCAA